AUGGCGGCAGAAAGACUGCUGUGCCAUACUGAUGUCGGCAGGAAGGGGCCCAGCAGGAGGGAGCCAGCAGGAGGGAGCCAGCAGGAGGGAGCCAGCAGGAGGGAGCCAGCAGGAGGGUACCAGCAGGAGGGAGCCAGCAGGAAGGGGCCCAGCAGGAAGGGGCCCAGCAGGAGGGAGCCAGCAGGAGGGAACCAGCAGGAGGGAGCCAGCAGGAAGGGGCCCAGCAGGAAGGGGCCCAGCAGGAGGGAACCAGCAGGAGGGGCCCAGCAGGAGGGAACCAGCAGGAGGGAGCCAGCAGGAGGGAGCCAGCAGGAGGGACCCAGCAGGAGGGAGCCAGCAGGAGGGAACCAGCAGGAGGGAACCAGCAGGAGGGAGCCAGCAGGAGGGAGCCAGCAGGAGGGAGCCAGCAGGAGGGAGCCAGCAGGAGGGGCCCAGCAGGAGGGAGCCAGCAGGAGGGACCCAGCAGGAGGGAACCAGCAGGAGGGGCCCAGCAGGAGGGGGCCCAGCAGGAGGGAGCCAGCAGGAGGGGGCCCAGCAGGAGGGAGCCAGCAGGAGGGACCCAGCAGGAGGGGCCCAGCAGGAGGGGCCCAGCAGGAGGGAACCAGCAGGAAGGGGCCCAGCAGGAGGGACCCAGCAUGA